AUGGAUACCAACAUUUCCAUGAUGAACCUUACAACAUUUGUGCCAGGAGACACGUGUGUUUACCAAAGCCAUAUGCCGUCCGUUUCUAUCUUCAUUAUCUAUGGCCUGAUCGUACCUACGCUGGCCGCUUUCGGCCUAUGCGCCAACUUUAUCAACGCAGUUGUUUUCAUGAGACCCAAAAUGACGCCGUCAGCGUUCACAUAUUUGGCCGCGUUGUCCUGUCUAGACUGCGUCUCCUGCCUCCUCAUCACCUUCACAGCUCUGUCCCGCAGCUACUUCUACAACAGUGCCAAGUGGAUAACCUACGACUAUCAGUGGCAGACACCUCUAUUUAGCAUUAGCACCGGUGCUGCUAAUCUAAUACUGGCCUGCCUUAGCUGCGACCGCUUCAUCUACCUAUCGCAUUUACAGUCCGGCAAUGGGGCCCCGCGCUUUUGUCGUCGCAAGGUAGCACGAAACAUGGUUGGCGCUGUCCUGGUCAUCUCCAUUGCGGUCAACAUGCCAUAUUUCUUUGUGUUUGUGGUGGACAAAACGGAUGGCAUAUGCUAUGUGACGAACUUUUAUUAUACCAAGUUCUAUCAGGUGCACAAUUGGUUCACGUUUACACUACUUGCUGUUCUCCCGGCCAUUUUUAUGAUUAUUGGAAAUGCCGCCAUUAUCAUUGCCUUCGGACGCUGGGCCAAGCAGGGCAAAUUGUGCCAACAGACCUCAAAUUUACGUACCACACGAAAACGAUAUCAGCACCAAAUGAAACUGACUGUUACGAUUGUAAUUGUUGUGACGCUUUACCUGAUUGGCGAGCUGCCCGCUCACAUGACAUCUAGGAAGAGUGCAAUGAAUUUGCUCUUUGGUGGCGACAGGGAGAAAAUCAAUCAAGAUGUAAUGGAACAUAUGGAGGUUAUCUGCAUCACGCUCAAUGCCCUGCAGCUAAGCAUGAACAUUGUCGUGUAUGCGGUCAUCAAUCCAUCCUUUAUACCCGAAUUCUUUUUGUGCCUUCGCGGUGCUUCGGAUGCCGUUUUUCGUCUGUGUUGCCUGACGGCAGUGACGCGUGGCUGUAAAAAGUGCUGGAAAGAAAGGCGACAUCCACUUGAGGAGCAGUGUGUGGUCAACAGCAUCUCGGUGCAGCAGUUGCCGGCGGAUGAAGCGCGGCAGUGCGGCUGCGAAAGCUGGAGCUCCAAUUCGGCGUGCGAGAUCGAAGCACAUGCAAAUUCAACGGUUGGUACUUUUGCUUUUAUGCAUUCGGAAGGCAAGUCAGAGCGAUCCGACGAUUUAAAGAAACCGCAAGUAUUUGCUACAAUGUCCAGUGCGUCUUUGCAUCUGAGUGAAAGCAAGCCUGACGACGACUUACGUUUCAGUUCUCCAUUUAUUAUAAUAUCUUAA